AUGACCUGCCGGCCGUCCCCAAGCAAGUCCCCGGUUCAAAGCCUCGCGAGGCGACGACAGGACGACGCCCUUCAACGCGGCGGAGCCAUGGACAUCAGCGACUUCGAGUUCGCGCCGCCGUGCACGCAGGACGACGCGCCCGUCGCGCGGAUCGAGCCGCGCGCGGACGACAGCGCGCGCGCGGCCGCGGCCGCGACCGCGGACCCGACCCCCGCGGCGGCGCGCGCGCGGGCGUCCCCGCCCUCGCGCGAGGACGCGCGAGCGGACGCGCGCGCGCCGCCGUCGCCGCCGUCGCCGCCGAUGUCGCUCGCGUACGAGAUCGCGCUGGAUCUGACCCCGGCGGAGCCCGCGACGCGCGACGCGGCGCCGGAGGAGGCGACGCGAGGGGAGGACGCGCUCGCGACGACGACGACGACGACGACGACGACGCGACCGCCGCCGCCGCCGCCGCCGCCGCCGCGCGCGCGCUUUCGGUACCCGUCCUGCGAAGAACCCGACGGCGCCGCGGCGUCGCCGCCCGUGAACCGCGAGGACUCGCCCGUCGAAGACGACGACGCGACGGCGACGGAGGUCGACCCGAACCCCGGGUCGCGGUCGCCGUACUUCCAGAGCCUCUCGCCGUCGUCGUCGCCGCCGCGCGAAGCGCCGCCGCCGCCGCCGCCGCCGCCCGCGCCCGCGCCCGCGCCCGCGGUCGUCGUCCCGGACGAUCGCGACGGGAUCGCCGCGACGACGGAGCGCGACCGCGACGUUCUCGCGCGCGCGGCGCGCGACGCGAAGGACGCGCUCUCGCGAGGCGCCGACGCGGCGAGAGAGGUCGCGUCGAGCGGGCUGGACGCGUUUCUCGCCGCGUUGGAACGCGACGGCGGCGCCAUCGAACGCGCGUGCGCCGACGUCCGCACGCGCGCGCUCGCGAAGCGUCGGCGGCUCGCGGACGCGAAGGAUCGGUUCUGGAGGAUGCAGGACGAGAUCGCGGCCGCGUUCGACGCGUGA